AUUUAUUUUCUUUUUUAGAAUAUUUAGAUUUGUUUAGAUUUUUUACUCUUUUAUAAAGUUUUAAUUAUGUUCACAUUUUAUAUUUUUUCUGAAAAAUAGUUCAUUUUAUUUUAUUUGUUAUUUUUUCACGAAUUCAUAUUUUAGAAAUAUUUAAUUUCUUAUUUUACAUUUUUUUAGUGUUUGAAUACAUUUUUUUAGUGUUUAAAACUCAAUUGAUUUUUUAGAAUUAUUUUUUCUAGGCUUUAUCACCUUUUCAAAUUUUUACAUUUUCCUAUUUAAAUAUUUAAAAAGUACUCCGUGAGUUAUACUUUUGGUAUACGUUUAUACCGAGUAGAAAAGAUGUAGUAGUAUGAGUAAGCACUAAGCUUCACGUGGCUCACUUCCACGUGUGACUAUGUGAGUAAGCAUUAAGCUUGCUUCAGCGGACAGUCUAGUUUUGAAAGAAAAACGUUUCGGUAGACUAUAUUUGCAAAAAAAAUGAUAUAAUUUCCCUUUUUUUAUUCCAGUCAAGUAGUUUAGGCCCAAAAUACUAAAAACCCAAUUUUUGAUUGCAGCUCAAAGGCCAGGACCGAAAAUAAUAAUCCAUAUACCUCUUCGGAAAGGCCAAUCUUCACAUCUCUGACUCCACCUACAUGCCGAUCUUCAUCAUCGUCAUCCCGAUCUCAAACAGAACCAUAGAUACACAGCCCCGCAGCUCCUAAACCUGAAUCCGCAAGCGUUUUCUAACGCACCUCCAUCUUCUACGCGAACCACACCGGCAGCAUCGACAAUCUAUACAUUUACCGGCCUCAUUUUCGGAGAAAUCUGAAGGAUCUCAGCCACAAUCUGCAACAAAUUUGGAGAGAUAAGUGUUUUUUCCGCUACUUUGUAUAGAUUCUGAAGUACUUCAAUUAUUUUUAUGAAAUAAAUGCAUGUAAAUUACAAAUUGAUUAAUCUGCCAUCGUUAGUACCUCGUUUUUAUUCAGUCUGGUUUGAAUAAAAAUCCUUAUUUUUUAAAUCCGGACCAUAAUACAAAGAUGCAAUUUCAAUUAAACAUAUUUGACUCCAGUUCACUUAAACCCUUAUUCAUCAUCCAUAUAGUACAAAUUUGAACUGUUUUUAUUAAAAUAUAAAUACUGCACUGCUGUGCUAUGACUCUAGAAAUCAAUUUACUGUCUUACCUUUAUCAUUGGUGACAGCUAAACCUCUUUCCCCCAAAUUGUGCACUCCUUGUAAGCUUGACCAGUUUAUCUUGUUUUUCCUAAUAGAUCUGCAAAACUUUGGAGUACCUUAAGGUAUGCAAAAUAUGCUACAUUCAAUGAAUGUAAGAUAUAAACCUCUAAACCAUCUAAUGGUUUAACAGGCACCUACACAAAUUUCUAAGAAGUGAGACUAUGCAAUUUAACGAAAACAGAUUUACUUCUCUACUAUAAGCAUCAAAUUCAUGUAUACCUAACUACUUAAAAGGUGAAUCUGUAUUUUUUUAAUAAAACUAUAGUUUACUUCUCAGUUCUCACUAAUGAAUCUGUAAAUACUUUCCUAUUUGCUUAAUGAAUCUGUAUACGGUUACCAUUCACUAUAUAGUUCACUGCCUAUCUUUACAUUUUUCUGUUCUUAAGAAGAGUGCCUAUCUUUUAUAUAUCUUAAAUGACAGCCCUUUAUCUUGAAACAAUUUAAUGAACUAAUAAACUAUAUCAUUUUUUCUUAGAUAUAAUCAAUAUUAAUUGACUAAUAAAAAACCUCAUUAUUUUUCUUUUUAAUACAUCCUAAGUACUGAAACAAUUUUAUUGAACUAAUAAAAACUAUAGCAUUUUUCAUUGAAUACAUUCUUAGUGAGAACUAUAUAAUUCAAAACUGAAGUGAAUCCAUUACUAUAUUCUUACAUACUUAAGCAUUGAAUCUUAAUUUUUACUAAACACCGAAUCAACUAUUGACUAAUGACUUUUCAUUAAAAUCAACUUCAUCGAGACAUGUAUGUAUGAAGUUCAGCUUUUUAUUUUUUGUUUCUCCCGAAUUAACAACUUUGAUUGUAAAAGACACUUUUAAUAAAAUUAUUUUUAAAAUCUGCCAUUUUCCCUAUUGAACUUUUAAAAUCUGCCAUUUUCCCUAAUUAAAUCUAUUUUCAAUAUACCAUUUCUUGCAUUAUUUUUACUGAAUAUUGCUGUUUUGCUGUUAUUAUACACAUUUGAAUCAUCUCUAUAACACACUAACCUCUGAAUAUUCCUGCACGACAAAACUGUAAAGUCACAAUGACUGGUUCAGUCUGAUCAUUGCCUAUAUAUGGAAGAAUUUGAUCAACAAAGUCAUCCCAAAACGUGCAUGACAAUUGAUUCAACCUGUAUUAUUUCACAACACUGGCAAUUAUACAUUUGUGCCAAGUAGAAAUAUGCACUAAAAAGAUAAAUUGUAGAAUAAAAGUAUUAGGGAACCUUGGAUACAUCACUUCUUGAACCUUGGAUAAAAGUCAUAGUAAGAAAGUGGUCUACGCCUUUCCAAAAUCGGGAGUUGGGCAUCCGAUCGGUUGAGUUUGUUUUGAUUGAUGAGGAGGUGAUGUUAAUUUAGAUCUAAUUUCAUACCAAUUAAAAUAAAAUUUUGAAAUGUUUUUUUCAACUUUGAACAUUCAUUCACUUUGAGAAGAUCAGCUUCAAGCAUCUUAAAUUGCUUUUGGAAGCACAAGGUUUUAUGAGGUUCCAAUUUAUGUUAAGUUUAGUACCAGUGUGUUGAAUCUAAAGUCUAAAUCCAUUUCACAGUAUUAAUAGCAGAUUCAAAUCUACCAAAACUAAUACACUUCAUGACUUCUUAAAAAGUGGCCUGCUGCCUGCAUAUCUAACUUGUAAUGAAAUUAAUUUAUCUUCUCUAGGCUCAUGCAUUCCAUUUACUCAAGCAUAUGUUCUUCUAUUUUUUAUUCUUAUGUGGUGGGGGUUCUUUUAUUUGUUACUCUUCCAUUUAAAGCUUUGUUCCUCUUUUUCAUCUCUUCUUUUUUACUUAUUUCUUCUUUCAUAUACACACAUUAUAUACACAUAGGUUGAGAAUACUAUUUAUCUUUGGUUUGGAUUCAGAAUGAUUAGCAGGAAUGAAUGACAAACUAUACCAUUGGUUUGGUUUGAAUCUGAAGUUAUGAUUUUUUCAGAGCAUAAAAGUAUGUCUGAUGUAUUAUAUCCUUGUGAAAAUCUGAGACUUCCGAAACUUAGAAACUUACAGUGCAGUAAUUCAACUUUUCAUGGCAUUGCUAUUUUUUUGUAUUACACACACAUAAGUUGAGAAUACUAUUUAUCUUUGGUUUGGUUUCAGAAUGAUGAGCAGCAAUGAAUGACAAACUAUACCAUUGCUUUGAAUUGAAUCUUUUCAUCUCUUUGUUUUAAUAUAAUGAUGACCACCGCGCCACAGUAUUAAUGGCAGAUUCAAAUCUACCAAAACUGAUACACUUCAUCACUUUUUAAAAAGUCGCGUGCAUACCUAACUUAAAAUGAAAUUAAUUUAUCUUCUCUAGGUUCAUGCAUUCCAUUUACACAAGCAUAUGUUCUUCUAUUUUUUAUUCUAUUUUUUGUAUAGGUUCUGCAUAUUUUUUAUUCUGUUUUUGCAUAUUCUAUUUUUUACACAAACAUCCAAUCAUUAUUUUUUGUAGGUUGGUUGGGCUAGGUGUUUUUGCGGAGUUUGGAGGUGGGGGUAGGAAUAAAUUGGAAAAGCCUAAUUUAAAAAAAAAAUCGCGCCCGACCCGACCCUGGGCACGUCCCAAUAGAAUCCCGGGCAAGACGGGCCUGGAGCCCGACUUGACUGCCCAAGACGGGCCUGGAGCCCGACUUGACCGGGCCGGCUUGACCUAUCUGUGGGUAGAAUAAUCUCCAGAACUGCACCAGAUCCAUGCCUUAGAACCAAAUCGAACAAGACUUCCCAUUUCCAGACCACAUUUCCAGACCAAAACCGGGACAGUGUCUACCCCUAUGGCCAUAUCCCUAGCUCUUUCUGUAGUCAAAUCUUUCCUUUUAUGAAGAUGUGUGUUAUCACAAACCCAACUCACAUAGUUGUAAUAUGUCAUUAUAAAACACACUGUAUCUAACUGCAUUCAUAUUGGAUUUGAAAAUGCAGUAACCAGUUGACACAUAGGAUAAAAGAUGUUGACAAAGCCUUUUUGCAUGUACAAAGAUUUGUGAUGAGUUUCUACAAGUUUUGAAAGAACUCGAUCAGGCACAAAACAUUGAACAAUCCAAUGAACACAUCCGAAAGCUAAUAUGCUACCUUAUGAUAUGAUUUGAGAAGGACUCAUUUCAGCAGUAUAAUUGCAUGGACACAAAAACCUAUGAAUGUCUCUUUUCAAGAGCAGCUGGACUCUUAUGGUUGGCGCAUGGCACAAGAUAAGGCAAGUAGGAUCUUUGUAAGAAAACAGCUAUGCAGGAAGAUGAAAAUCAAAUUAUGCUCCAGAAUUGGAAUCAAGACAUUGAAAACAUGUUUGUGGCACCUUAUAGUUGUUUUCAGCAGAUAAGAGUGUUUGGAAAAAUCAUGAUGAGAGUUUCUCUACUGCCUCCCACGAGUAUGCUUUUUCAACGCCUGACGCCAUUAUGAAACCAUAGCCCUUAUCACCCCAACUAGUACCCCAACUGUUAAAUAUCUCAAAACACUAACACCGUUUAUUAAUCGAAACCCGGUUAGUACGCAAGCGUGCCAUUCAUUUUUGUAAGAUAAACCUUAUUUUUUCCACUUUUGUAUAAGGUACUUCAGGUGUUAGAAAACUAUUAUUUGACAAAUAGCUAAAAUCAGUUCUUAUUUUGUAAGACACAAUGAACGGGCCGCUUGUUUUGAGCUCUUUCUUGAGUUUCUCUAUAUAAAUUCUUGAAGAGGUACUGUCACGCCUAAUGACCUUGGGUCCCACAACAGUAACCAAUCUUACUUUAGAUUUCUUUAAACCAUUUUCAAACUUAGUAAACCUUUCAAUCUUAUAGCAUCUUUCAGUCCCCUUUUCCUCUUACAGGAGUAGCUUUUCUCAAAAGCUACACUAUGGUUUUUGAGGAACGUCUCAAUACGCUUAUUAUGCAUUGGAUGUGUUCCCUUCAUUAUAUCUUUUUCGUCCAGGCCAUCCAACACGUGUUCAAUAGACAAAUUACCAAUUGCUCGUCUUUUUACGAGGCAGACUUGCUUCAUCCUGAAGAAGACGAGCAAAGUUACCAAUUGCCUCGUAAAAAGACGAGCAAUUGGUAAUUUGUCUAUUGAACACGUGCUGGAUGGUCUCGAAGAAAAAGAUAUAAUGUAGGGAGCAUAUCUAAUGCAUAGUAAACGUAUUGAGCGUUCCCCAAAAAUCAUGAUGUAGCUUUUGAGAAAAACUACCCCUGUAAAUGGAAAAAGGGGACUAAAAAUUGCUAUAAGGUUGAAAGGUUUACUAAGUUUGAAAAUGGUUUAAAGAAAUCUAAAGUAAGAUUGGUUACUGUUGUGGGACCCAAGGUCAUUAGGCGUGACAGUAUCUGUUCAAGAAUUUAUAUAGAAAUUCAAGAAAGAGCUCAAAACAAGCGGCCCGUUCAUUGUGUCUUUCAAAAUAAGAACUGGUUUAAGCUAUUUGCCAAAGAAUAGUUUUCUAACACGUGAAGUGCCUUAUACGAAAGUUGCGGUACGUAAAAAAAAGGAAAAAAUGAGGGUUUAUAAACGGUGUUGGUGUUUUGAGAUACUUAACAGUUGGGGUACUAGUCAGGGUGAUUAGGGCUAUGGUUUAAUAAUGGCGUCAGACCUCGAAAAAGCAUACUCGUGGGAGGGGGUGGAGAAACUCUCGUCAUGAUGCUUCCAAACACUCUUAUCUGUUGAAAACAACUUUAUGGUGCCACAAACAUGCUUUCAAUGUCUUGGUUCCAAUUCUGGAUCAUAAUUUGAUUUUCAUCUUCUUGUGUAGCUGUUUUCUUACAAAGAUUUCCCAAAUUGCAGGGACCAAGAAAGAAGAUCCUAGACCUGGGAUUUUGGAACUGGGAACCGAAAAAAUGAUCGGAAACUAUAUAACUCGGUUCGGUUCCUGUUUUUGGUUCUAAACAAAUUAUCGGUUCGGUUCUUAUUAGGAUUUAUUGGUUCGGUUCCCAGUUUAUCAUAAAAAAUUGUCCUUAGAACCGAUAUAGAACCGUUAAGUGUUAGUUCCUUCUGAGGAGCUACCCGUUGGUGGGUUGUCUCUGUAGCCCACUUAUUUUGUAGUUCCGUAUUGGAGUAUUGCUUAAAAUUAAAAUCCAACUUUCAGCCUUUAGCCCAAAGCAACCUUAAGCUGCUUCGAUCAUCUACGAGUUGUGGCUCUGCUCUUUCAUAUUCAUACACCUCCUUCAACAAUUUUAAUGGCUUGCUCAGACGAGAGGUCUAGCGGAUUUUCUAUACACAUCGGAACUUCUGUGUAGAGCAAAGCUCCUCUCCGUGUCAAUUGUCUUGCUCCGAUUUUGCAUCACAGUGUUCAUUAACCCUACCGUCAAGAGCAAAGAGAAGAAGUCUAACAUUGGUAUCAGAGACUGUUGAUCUUGGUGGAUGGUUUGGAAGCAAGGGAAGAUGGAAUCGAGGUUAAACAAGUUGGAGAGGAAGAUCACAGAAGUUAUCGCCAUAUUGGAUAAGAGAGAUCAACAUCGAUCGCGAGGCAAAAGUCGAUCGCGAAGCAGGUCCCAUGCCUCACACGCUUCGCAUCGCACAUCGCUUCGUCACUCUGCGCGAUCGAUUGAGGGCUCAGAAAAAUCAGAAGAGUGUCGCAGAGGGCCUAGAGACCAAUCGAAGAAGACUAGGCAUCUUCCGAUACCUGAAAAACAAAAUUCGUCGCAAUCGUGCACCAAGAGGAAAACUGAGUCGCGAAUGUCGACUCUCAGAUCGCAGAAAUCAGAAACAGAUGGUCUCAAUACGCAGGCAUCCCCAUCUGUUAUCAACUCGCGUAACAAGGCAUCGCGAACGAAAGAGGAACCAUCAGAUUCGCUAGUUUUGUCGCGAGGUAAUUCUCUACGUGCGCAAGAAUUUCCCCGUUCAAUAAAGAAUAACGAAUUGGAGCCAACUGGUUCUAGGUUCAAGAAAAGGAAUAACGAGGACGAAAUCGAGGAGCAAAUUACAGUUGUAGGUGUGUUAAAGUCUGAAAUGGCUCUUCAGGUUUGUGGUAAUUCUUUUCAUCUCACACAAAAGAUGAACUGGCCAAAUAUCUUAGAGUCUGAAAUGGUGUAUCAUCAGUCUUCAAACAUCUCGUUGGUAGGAAUGAACAAGUUUGGUGAUCUUAGAUUGGAAGAUGUCUCUAUGUUGAAUUAUGAUGUAAGGAAAAAACAUGGUGUACAAUCGCUAGAUGGCCCAGAUAAUUGUUUUCAUAAUCUUGCAACAGAAAAAUUUGCUGUUAUGAUUGGGAACUGCAAAACGAUUCAUGAGGAUGAUAAAUCUAGACAGUCCGAGCAUUUUGGCAGAAGUUCACUGCAACUCGCAACCAUUAUUGUUAAAAAGUAUUCAGGUUCUUUUACUGCUGAGGUGUCCAAAUGGUACAAGGAAAGUGGGUAAAGUACGCAGGCUAUGAAUUAAGAUUGAAUCACAGAAAUGAGGAGUCAUUGAUACAAGUUGCAGGAGUACAAAAAGCAGAAUGGCAGCCAUUUGUUGACAGCAUGAUAAGCUACAUCAAGCUUGGCCUACAUAAUCCAUGGAAAGCACUAGAAGGUUAUCUAAAAUUGGGAGAGAUAUAUGCAAAGACAAAGCUUAGCCUAUCAUUUCCUGAUGUUUUUGACAGCUUCACAAGGGUAUUACAUAGGAUGGUUCUUAAGAGUUACCAGCAAGCUUUAGGCGAAGUUGUUGCACCAAAAUUUUUAGAAAAAUUCUAUGGGAAUCAGGCCCAUGUUCUGGCAAGGUAUAUUGGAGUGUCAGGAAAGUAUCUGGGACAGAACAGCCCUGGUUUUUGGUGCAUUUAUGGUCUUUUGGCAAUUGUUACUUCCUUUAACACUAAAGUGGAGCUUCCUGUAUGUCAGCAGGUGGGUGCAUUAUACAAGGGAAAUAAACCUAUUCUCAAUUUUGAUAGCAGGGUGUGCAGUAUGGUGGAUCCAAUGAUGCUUCGGGUUCAUGAUUGGGGAAUACAGUUGGGAAUAGCUGAAUUCUUAAACACAGAAGGAACAACUCAUUAUGAUUCAAGUUCUCUUAAACUUACUUCUGACAGGUGGGAGAAUGAAGUGCUGCAUGAGCUAUUCAGUGUGAAGUUUCAAUCAAAAGAUAGGGUGAAGGCAGAAACAAAUGCUAUGCUAAAGCUGGUCAAGAGUUUUCCACCUAGAGGACUAGAAGUAUGGAAACGUAUGACACCAGCAUCAACUAAGUACUGGGAAGGGAGAGGCACCAGGAGGAAGCUGAAUCCCAGACGUGGUUCAUAUCUUUCCAACUUGAGGGCAAGUUGGACUUUCAGGAGGGGAGAUAUGAUAGAGACUUUACUAAUAUGAAGAUAUAAGAGAUAAAUACUUCAAUAAAAUGUAUUCCAGAAAGAUAUAGAGUUGUUAUUAGUCAAGUCGGUUAUGAGCUAAUUACUACCAGGGGUUAGCCUUACUGACUAUAAAUAGAAUACGGCUGGGAGUAAUAGUUAGGCGGUAAUUGACUUGUAAAACUGUACGCUUGAGAAAUGUUGCCUUAGGCCAUUCGGCCAUUGUUGCCUGAGAAAUAAAGUUGCCUUUUACGUUCUUGAAUCAGUUGUUAGUUCUGUUAGAAAUAAUCUGCAGAAGUCUAACAAGAAACUCAAUCACAAAUCUUUGUACAU